AUGCGAAUCGAAGAGUACAAAGGAAGUCGAGUCGAGGACGCCCACGGUCAAGAAAAGGCACUCUCGGUAAACAAAAGAACCAAAUGGAAGAGAGUAAGAAAGGAAAUAAACCAGCAAAAUAUUCAAACCGCCCUUCCGGGCGUGAUACAUCAGGUCGUCAGACACACGCCGUCCUGCAAACGGAGUAUAAGGAAGAAUCCAAGAACACCCAACAGUCUCAGAACCCGCCUAAAGAAAACAUCAUGUACUGCAAGUUCCAUCGCAGCAACGGUCAUAACACUGACCAGUGCAGGCACCUCAAAGACAAAAUCGAUGAACUCAUCAAAAGCAGAGUGCAGAGGCGAGGAGGAGACGGCUCACGCCCAUCGGGAGCAAGGAGGCGAUAUCGAGAGCGCAGAAAAUCGUGACAGGAGAGAAGAUUCCCCCAGGAAUCACAGAGCGCAAGCAAGUCCAAACCGUAGAGGUAGGCGUGAAGAAGUAGACGAAGAUUCAACCGCGGUGAAGCACAGAGUGAUCAACAUGAUUUCAGGCGGGCUGAGCGGAGGAGGAGAGACUGUGAACGCCAGAAAGAAACACUUGAAGCAGUGUCUGGCGGUCGCUGGUAAAGUGAUCAACAAAGAAAAGCACAGUCCUAGUCCAACAAGGCCUCAAAUUGUUUGGGACGCCAGCGAUUUAGGCGAUGUCCUCCCAGGACAUGACGAUCCGCUCGUCAUUCAAGCUAUAAUCGCCAACUUCGGCGUUAAUCGCGUUUUUAUUGACCACGGCAGCUCAGCCGAUAUUUUGUUUUUACCAUGCUUUAAAGCGUUAGGGUUCACUGUUGAUAGUUUAACUUCUGUUACAGGUGAACUCUCAGGUUUCAAUGCUACCACCACAAAGCCACUGGGAGUGAUUACCUUGCGGCUUUCCCUUGGAACACCACCCACCUCACGAUCCGCAGACAUCCAGUUUUUGGUGCUCGACACCCCAUCAGCUUACAACGCCAUUCUUGGUACAAGGAUGUUUGCUGUCUUCGAGGCAAGCAUUUCACACCCCCACUUGGCAAUGAAGUUCGUUGCCCGGGACAACAAAGUCGCCACAGUGCGAGGAGACCAGACGAUAGCCCGAAGCUGCUACAACAUAUCCUUACGGCCAAUGGCCAAAGCUAGCUUCAAUGAUGAAAGGGCGCUCAAGCAGGGGACGACGUCGCCAUCAGAAAGAAAUCUCGGCGAUAAGUCAAAAGAGCGUGACCAAUGUUUUUUGGUAGAAUUUGAUGCUAGAGACGAUCCGCGCGUGGAACAUGACAGACCCACGCCUGAUGAAGCAUUGGAACAUGUUGUCUUAGGAGAUGCGGAUCAUCAAACAACAACCAUCGGGGCCACCAUCGACCCAGAGAUGAAAUGCAAGUUAAUCAAGUUGCUCAAGGAAAACAAAGAUUUGUUUGCAUGGAAGCCCUCUGACAUGCCAGGUAUCAAUCCAGACGUUUGCUGCCACCGUUUGUCGGUGGAUCCCAAAGCCAAGCCAGUCUCCCAGAAAAAGAGGAAAUUCGGUACCGACCGCCAGAGGGUGAUUGAUGAAGAGGUCAAAAGGCUCCACGCCGCCGGGUUCAUCAGGGAAAUCAAGUACACAACUUGGUUAUCCAACCCAGUUUUGGUUAAAAAGCCAAACGGCGCAUGGCGAAUGUGCGUUGACUACACCGACCUAAACAAAGUCUGUCCAAAGGAUGCUUACCCUUUUCUUAGCAUCGAUCAGUUGGUUGACAACGCGUCCGGAUUCAAAAUGCUAUCAUUCAUGGACGCAUACUCUGGUUAUAAUCAGAUCCCACUUCUUGAAGAAGUCCAAGACAAAACGGCGUUCAUCACUCAGAACGCCAAUUACUGUUAUACAAUGAUGCCAUUCGGUCUAAAAAAUGCUGAGGCCACUUACCAAAGGAUGAUGAAUGAAGUAUUCAGAGACCUGAUUGGCAAUUGCAUCGAAGUAUACAUCGAUGACAUGAUCGCUAAAUCAAGAACGUCAGAACAACAUUUGGUUGAUCUACAAGGUGUUUUUGAAAGACUCAGAAAAUUCAACAUGCGCUUGAAUCCAAGCAAAUGCGCCUUCGGAGUUCCCGCGGGCAAAUUCCUAGGCUUUAUGCUCACCGAGAGAGGCAUUGAAGUCAAUCCUGAUAAGUGCAAGGCAGUGAUUGAAAUGCGAAGCCCGCAAACAAUCAAGGAAGUUCAGCAACUCACAGGAAGGUUAGUAGCUCUCACUCAUUUUCUGGCCAAUUCGGCUCACAAAUCGCUCCCUCUUUUUGGCUUACUCAAAAAAGGAACCGCCUUUCGGUGGUCGGAAGAAUGUGAAAACGCCUUCCAGGAAUUCAAAAGGGCGCUCUCUUGUCCACCAGUGCUCGCCAAACCAGAUGAUGGAGAAAUGCUUUAUUUAUAUCUUGUCGUAGGUACCGAGGCGAUCGGUGCAGCCCUUGUCAAAGAAUCAAAGGAAGGACAAAAGCCAGUAUAUUUCAUCAGCAAGGUUCUACAAGGAGCAGAGCUUCGAUACCAAGAGGUGGAAAAGGUAGCUUUAACGCUUAUCUUUGCCGCACAGCGUUUAAGACCGUACUUCCAAUGCCAUCCAAUCACCGUCAGGACCAACCAACCAAUCCGCCAAGUCCUGCACAAGCCAGACUUGGCGGGAAGAAUGAUGUCGUGGGCGAUCGAGUUGUCCGAGUAUCAGAUCACCUAUGAGCCUAGAACUGCCAUCAAAGCUCAAGCACUCACUGACUUCAUUGCAGAAAUGACGCAACUCUCCCCACCCAAGAACCAAGCCAUGGGAACACC